AGUUGUCUGGGGGCGGGGCUCCGGCCUCCUCGUUGAGAGUCCCGGAUUUACCAGGGCCGGUGGGACCACCUCGGGCUCCCGCCUCAGGGUCCUGGACUGGGGACCCGGUGAACAUGGCCUCUGCUACUGUGGCAGCAGCACGACGGGGCCUCGGCCGGGCUCCCCCUCUCAUCUGGCGCGGCUACCAGACCGAGCGGGGCGUUUACGGCUACCGGCCGAGGAAGCCCGAGAGCCGCGAGCCCCGGGGCGCCCUGGAGCGUCCCCCAGUUGACCAUGGCCUUGCCAGGUUGGUGACAGUAUAUCGCGAGCAUGGUCAUAAAGCUGCCAAAAUCAACCCCCUCUUCACCGGGCAAGCCCUGCUGGAGAAUGUGCCUGAAAUCCAAGCCCUGGUGCAGACACUGCAGGGACCCUUCCACACGGCAGGAUUAUUGAACAUGGAAAAGGAAGAGGCCUCACUUGAGGAAGUGUUAGUCUAUCUCAAUCAAAUCUACUGUGGGCAGAUUUCUAUUGAAACCUCCCAACUUCAGAGCCAGGAGGAGAAAGACUGGUUUGCCAAGCGGUUUGAGGAACUGCAAAAGGAAACGUUUACCACAGAAGAGCGAAAACAUCUGUCAAAACUAAUGCUGGAAUCUCAGGAGUUUGACCACUUUCUGGCCACCAAGUUCUCGACAGUGAAGCGAUAUGGAGGCGAAGGGGCUGAAAGCAUGAUGGGCUUUUUCCACGAGCUGCUGAAAAUGUCGGCCUACAGCGGAAUCACUGAUGUCAUCAUUGGGAUGCCCCAUAGAGGGAGGCUGAAUUUAUUGACAGGCCUUCUCCAGUUCCCUCCAGAGCUGAUGUUCCGUAAAAUGCAAGGCUUAAGUGAAUUUCCGGAGAAUUUUUCAGCCACUGGAGAUGUCCUGUCUCACCUGACCUCCUCUGUGGACCUGGACUUCGGGGCACACCAUCCCCUCCACGUGACAAUGCUGCCCAAUCCCUCCCACCUGGAGGCCGUCAACCCCGUGGCCGUGGGCAAAACUCGUGGCAGGCAGCAGUCUCGCCAAGACGGCGAUUACUCGCCAGACAACUCAGCCCAGCCGGGGGACAGGGUCAUUUGCUUACAGGUCCAUGGUGAUGCUUCUUUCUGUGGUCAAGGGAUUGUUCCUGAAACGUUCACGCUGUCCAGUCUCCCGCAUUUCAGAAUUGGUGGGAGUGUCCAUUUGAUUGUUAAUAACCAGCUGGGUUAUACCACUCCAGCGGAAAGAGGAAGGUCUUCUUUAUACUGCAGUGAUAUUGGAAAGCUUGUGGGCUGUGCCAUCGUCCAUGUCAAUGGAGACAGCCCAGAGGAAGUGGUCCGUGCCACACGACUGGCUUUUGAAUACCAACGCCAGUUCCGCAAGGAUGUGAUUAUUGAUCUGUUGUGCUACAGACAGUGGGGCCACAAUGAGCUGGAUGAGCCAUUCUUCACCAACCCCAUCAUGUACAAAAUCAUCAGAGCUCGAAAGAGUAUCCCAGACACAUAUGCAGAGCACCUCAUUGCCAGUGGACUCAUGACGCAGGAGGAGGUGUCUGAAAUAAAAUCCUCCUACUAUGCUAAGUUGAAUGAUCACUUAAAUAACAUGGCCCACUACAGCCCCCCUGCCCUGAACCUGCAGGCCCACUGGCAGGGCCUGGCUCAGCCAGAAGCACGAAUCACCACCUGGAGCACAGGUGUGCCCCUCGACCUUCUGCAGUUUGUUGGCGUGAAGUCUGUAGAGGUGCCAAGAGAGCUGCAGAUGCACAGUCACCUGCUGAAGACACAUGUUCAGUCCAGAAUGGAGAAGAUGAUGGAUGGAACCAAGCUAGACUGGGCCACUGCGGAAGCUCUCGCCUUGGGUUCCUUACUUGCUCAAGGUUUUAAUGUUCGUCUAAGUGGCCAAGAUGUUGGCCGUGGAACUUUCAGUCAGAGACAUGCAAUGGUGGUUUGCCAGGAGACCGAUGACACCUACAUCCCCCUGAACCAUAUGGACCCCAAUCAGAAGGGAUUUCUAGAGGUCAGCAACAGCCCCCUGUCAGAAGAGGCCGUCUUGGGAUUCGAAUACGGGAUGAGCAUUGAGAGCCCAAAGUUACUGCCCCUGUGGGAGGCACAGUUUGGUGAUUUCUUCAAUGGUGCCCAGAUCAUCUUUGACACAUUCAUCUCUGGAGGAGAAGCCAAGUGGCUCCUCCAAAGCGGCCUCGUCAUCCUCCUUCCACACGGCUACGACGGGGCUGGGCCAGACCACUCAUCCUGUCGAAUAGAGCGUUUCCUGCAGAUGUGUGACAGUGUGGAAGAGGGGGUGGACGGAGACACUGUGAACAUGUUUGUGGUUCAUCCAACAACUCCUGCACAGUAUUUCCACUUGCUUAGAAGACAAAUGGUCCGGAACUUCAGAAAACCACUCAUUGUUGCUUCGCCUAAGAUGUUACUCAGGCUCCCAGCAGCCGUGUCAACUCUUCAAGAAAUGGCACCAGGUACAACAUUUAACCCAGUCAUUGGUGAUUCAUCUGUGGAUCCAGAAAAGGUUAAGACCCUCGUGUUCUGCUCUGGCAAACAUUACUACUCCCUGCUGAAGCAAAGGGAAUCUCUCGGGCCCAAGAGGCAUGACUUUGCCAUCAUCCGCGUAGAGGAACUCUGCCCCUUCCCAUUGGAUUCUUUACAGCAAGAGAUGAGCAAAUACAAACAUGUUAAAGAUCAUAUUUGGAGUCAGGAAGAACCUCAGAACAUGGGUCCAUGGUCGUUUGUUUCUCCAAGGUUUGAAAAGCAGCUGGCCUGCAAGCUCCAUCUGGUGGGCCGGCCCCCUUUGCCAGUACCCGCUGUAGGAAUUGGCACAGUUCACUUGCACCAGCAUGAAGAUAUCCUCUCCAAGACCUUCGCUUAAUGAUGACUUUUGAAGAAACACUGUUUCUCUUUAAGAAAAUGGCCAUUAAGGCCAGGCAUGGUGGCUCACGCCUGUAAUCCCAGCACUUUGGGAGGCCAAGGCCGGUGGAUCACCUGAGGUCAGGAGUUCAAGACCAGCUUGACCAACACGGUGAAACCCCGCCUGUACUAAAAAUACAAAAAAUAGCUGGGUGUGAUGGUGGGCACCUGUGAUCCCAGCUUCUCGGGAG